AUGUUUCAUCGACAUAUUCUCACGGCUGAGCAUGGAGCAAAGAUCCACCGGACCAUUUCUGGUCUGCAAGACGUGGAUGGACGUGUGCAAAAGACCCGUCGUUCAGCUUGGUCUUCGAUCUGGAAGAUAAAUUUCUGUCUCUCCCUAAUUCGAACAGCUGGUUGUGGGGUCCAGAAUUCGAGGAUGGCACUGUGUCCUAAUCUUGAGGUACUUUGUGUUAAGUAUAGCCCAAAAGUUACGGAUAAGUCGAUGUGGGAGAUAGCCAUAAACUGCCCUAGCCUUAAGGAACUUGAUAUAAGCUGCUGUUACAAAAUAUCUAGUGAGUGUAUCAAAAUGGUGGUAUGA